AUGCUAUUAUCUUCUGUCAUGGGCAGCUUUGGAGUGGUGAUGCUCGUGGUUAUCUCGGCACGCAAGGCUGUCUAUAUGACAGAGGACAGGCAGAUCAACCUCAAGCAAUGGGUGGCGCCAUUGGUGGCUUCUUGCGACGUGGCAGCGUUCAAGGACCCUCACUUGAAUGCUCCAGACGACUUUGUGCUGCGCAUGGCUCGCCUUGCUCUCGCCUGCACUGCCAUGUCCACUGCCUCCCGCCCCUCCAUGGCCCGAGUAUUGGGGGAUUUGUUGGCCAUGAAGGACGAGAUCAUGGGGGCUGAGGUGCACAGAGCUGCAUGCCGGAUCGACAGGGAGAUUGACAGCUCAGCUGACUUGGUGGACUUUGAUGUCGAAAUGGCUCGUGUGGAGCACAUGUAUGUGCAGGGCGGUUACUCUAUCUCGCAGCCCUUCGCAAGCCGGCGUCCCCUCUUCGCGAAUGCCGAAGAAUUCGACGAUGAGCGGUACGCUUACGACGAGGACGACGACGCGGGCGACGACGACGACAUCCCGGCCGGCGACGACGGCGACGUCGUCGCACUGACGGCGGCGACGUUUUCGCAGGCCGUGAGCGAUCACAAGCACGUGAUGGUGGAGUUUUACGCGCCGUGGUGCGGCCACUGCCGCGCCCUCGCGCCCGAGUAUCGCGAAGCAGCGGCGACGCUGAAAGAGCUCGGCGUGCUCUUCGCGAAGGUGGACGCGACGAAAGAAACGGAGCUCGCCGACAAGUACAACGUGGAUGGUUACCCGACCGUCCUUUUCGCCACGGAUGGCGAAUUCCAGCCGUUCGGCGCCGGGCGAACCAGCGCGGAGAUAGUGCGGUGGGUGAAGCGCAAGCUGGGCAUGGGUGUGUCGGCGCUGGCGCCAGCCGACAUUCCCAAGGUGCCCGCGCUGCUCGUGAGCGCCGCCGCCGCUGCUGUCGCCUUCGUGUCCUCCCUUGACUCACCGGAGGCAGCAGCGUUCGGAGAGGCAGCGAGGGACACAGACGGGGUGGACUUUUUCAUCACCACGCAUGCUGACGUGGCAGCCGCCUUCGGCCUGCCAGCUGGCGAGCCGCCCGUUCUAGCUGUGGUCAAGAAGGAAGAGGAGCGGCUGGUGGUGUUUGACGGCGAGUACACGAAGGAGGCUAUCAGCUCGUUCCUGGCAGCCAAUCGGCUGCCACUGCUGUUGACAUACACCGAGGAGAUCUCCGCUGCCAUAUUCUCCUCUCCCAUUGGCAAGCAGGUGCUGCUGUUCGCAUCAGACAGUGCAGUCAAGGAGCUCUCGCCUGCACUUUUUUCAGCAGCCAAGCAGUUUAAAGGGCAGGCCAUGUUUGUGUUGGUGAAUGCGUCAGACCCCGAGUCACAACCCGUGCAAGAGUACUUUGGAGCAGACGCCUCCACUACUGCCAUCAUGGGGUUUACCAUGGGAGGCGGUGAGGACCCAUCUGUGCCAGCAGCAGGUCUCAAGUACCGCAUGACUGACCACCCUACUGCAGACAACAUCAAGUCCUUCACACAUGACUUCAUAGACGGCCGUCUCAAGCCCUUCUUCAAGUCACAGCCCAUCCCUGGCGAGAACGAGGGGCCAGUGACGGUGGUGGUGGGGGACUCGUUCGAGAGCAUUGUGCUGGACGACAGUAAAGACGUGCUGCUGGAGGUGUAUGCCCCCUGGUGCGGCCACUGCCAGCAGCUCGAGCCGACGUACAAGAGGUUGGCAGAGCGGUUCAGUGCGGUGCAGUCAGUGGUGAUAGCCAAGAUGGAUGGUACUGCUAACGAGUACCCCGGCCUAGAGGUGGAGGGUUUCCCCACAGUAGUCUUCUACCCCGCGGGGAAAAAGACAGACCCGGUGAAGGUGGCUGCGCGCACCCUCAAGGAGUUCAUUCAAGCCAUCAACGACCACGCCUCCACCGAGUUCCACUUGGAGCCCUCGCCUCUAGAUGAGGAGGAGGAAGAGAGUGGGGAUGGGGAGAUGGAUGAGGAAAUGGAGGGGGGGAUAGGUGAAGGGGGGAUGGAGGGGGAAAUGGGGGAGGAGGGGAUGGAGGCGGCAGAGGAGGAGGAGAUGGCGUAUGAUGGCAUGGAUGGUGAUGGAGAGGAGGACGAUGUGUUUCACGACGACGAGUUGUAG